CUUGCUGAACAGAUAAUGACCUUUUCUUUUUCCCUUUUCUUAGUCCCAAAUCAAAAAGGUGUCAGUUGGAACAAAGUAUCAACAAGAUUGUCUAGUCAAAAAACACCACCAUCUUCAAGUAAUGAGAACUUGCGAGAUAUUGAAACACCGGAGGAAUCAAGAUCAAAGAGUGUUGGGUUUCUCUGUAACCUUUCAAGUAAUAGUGUUCAAUUACAUCGUUCUACCUCUUCAACAACAUCUGACCCUUUGCGGGAUGAUGCUCUGAGUUCACAAUAUCCAUCUUCUCCAAAUAAUGCUACCAACAGUUACUCUAGCAAAUUCUACCUACUACUCAAGGAUUCAGAACAGCGAGAAAAAUUAUUGAAUAUACUCAAUACAGAUCACACAGAGAUCCUAGAAAAAUGGUAUGAAACUUUGAAACAAGAGAAUCACAAUACAAAAUUGACUGAGAUACAUUUGGAAACCUUGUUAAGUGCAAUCCAAGAGAAUAUCCGAUGUACAGCUUCAAAUGAUCCUGUCGUGGAAAUAGCUGCAGAGCUGAGAAAAGAGUUAGAACUUGAUUCAUCAACACUGAUAGAUAUUCAGCGUUCUUUUUGUCUGCUGCAGGAAAUUGUUACCACAAGACUAAAAUGUCACAAAAUACAGCCUCACUGGGUAUUUGCUUUUGACAAUUUUCUGCGAGAAGCUAUAACGUCUACAUCUCUCUUACUUACACCAGGGUCUGCUUCAGCUGCGGAAAGUUUGUCAACUCCUGCCACUUCAACAAAAUCUGCUUCCUGUAUUCUCCGCUCCACUUCUACAAAUGAAGCUGUACAACAGAUGAGAGAUGAAAUACAAAAGUUAUUGAAACAAUUAUUGGAUACACUAAGUUCUUUGCACCAGACUUUCAUUGACUGGAAAAUGCAGCAAGAAAAACACAAUUCAGCCAACUCUGUUGGUAAACUUUUAUCUCCAUCAGUUGCUGUGGACCCACAACUUGUAAAAUGGCUUAAGCAAUGUCAAGUUGAUGAAGAUACCAUUAAACAUAUCACUUAUGAAGAAUAUUCUUAUAUCGAUUUUGUGGAAAUGGUUACUCUUGAAGAACUUCAUGGUUUAAAUAUUAAAAAAGGCGUAGUAUAUCGGAUAUGGCGGAGCCUUACAUUAUUACGAAAGGCUAAAAAAAUUAAUUCAUCCUCCCAUGGAGAAAAUACCACUUCUGUCUGUGGAGCAGAAAACCUGGAUGUUGAUCACAAAUAUGAUGGAUCUUCUUGAUGAAUUUCUUGUUCAGUUUAUUACAUUAAUGGUUUCAACCUGUUAAUUUUAUUCAUGUCUUGAGAGUUAUUUGAAUGCUAUUUCAACUCAAUAUUAGCUUGCUGUGAUUAUGGAACAAUUUAAACUGACAAAAGCAUAUGAAACAUUUUGAACUGAGAAAAGCACAUGAAUAUUUGCAUGAUUUAACCACUUCUUUAAUUCUCUUUUCAAUCACACCGUCUUUCUUCAAUAAAUCAUUUUCUUAUUUUA